AUGUCUGGGUACCAGAAAUACGCGGGCGGAGGGUCAUCUCCAGUUGAAGUAACCUCGGCGUCUGACAGUAAUCCCGUUCAGAUCAUCUUGACACCGCCUACGCCAAUCAUCUCCACUGGAAAUUUCGACCAACGAGGGGAAGACACAUUCAAGGAGGUUCUCCCUGCCGUGUCUGAGGAGAGGGAAGUUGUUCAGAAGACAGAUGGAUCUGACGAGAAGGAAGUUCAUAUUGCAAACGAGGGGCAUGAUGAAAAGGAGGUCUAUAUACCUGCCGCGGAGAAGGAAGUUUAUGACCAUGGGCUCGAGAAGGAGGUCCACGACUUGAGGAUCCAUGAUGGACAUGAUGAGAAGCAAAUCUACGAUACAAGCGAAAGUAUUGCUCAAGUGCAACGUACCGACUCACCAGAGAAAGAAGUUCUCCCUCAAACAAACCACGACAUUCAUAAAGCAUUCUAUCAUCCAGAUGGCUCGGUCCAGCCUCUACCAACCCAGGACCAAGAGAACGAAGCGUCUAUGGCGGCUAAGAACUCCAACAGCAACGCGAAUGAGCGAAGAGAGAGUAUCUCAACCGUAUCCACUGAAACAUCAGAGAAGAAAGACAGCGCUGCUCGGGGUUACUACCAACGCCGCAUCAACAAAUUGAAUCAAGCAGUCGACAAAAAGAAGAAGGCCUGGACAACCUUCACCAACAAUUCCACUACGGCUAUGACAGAGAAGGCCAAUCAAAUCGACAAGGGAUUCAAGGAUCGCUGCACGGCAUUCGAGAACGGCACUACAACUAAACUGAACCAACUUGAUAGAAGUAUCAGCGAUAGUGUUGAUCGAGCUGGAAAGAAUGUCAACACCAAGGUUGCGAAUUGGAAGAUGGGUAUGGGAAAUAUGAAGAGCCAGAGUAUGAAUAGUGUUAAGACCUUAGGAUCUCGAUAUCAGAUUGGUACCAAGGAGGGGAAGAAAGAGGAGGGGGCACAGUGA